AUGGGCGAUGGCGGUGCCGCCGUGGGCAAGAGCAAGGACGAUGACUUGGAGAAUCCUUACGAGUUGCUUCAAGUGGAAGACGAUGCUGGUGAGAAGGAAAUCAAGACCGCCUACCGCAAAAUCUCUUUGAAGUGCCACCCAGACAGGCAUCCAGACGAUCCGGAGGCUGCGGAAAAGUUUGAUCGGCUGACUCGAGCAAAGGACCUGCUGUUGGACCCGAUUCGCCGGUCAGAGCUUGACAGGAAGCGCAAAGCUGCUCACGAUUUGGAGGUGCGACAUGCACAGGAGGAUGCAAAACGUCGAAAGCUCCGAGAGGACUUGGAAGGCCGAGAGACUGCCGCCAAUGCAAAGACCAUGGCUGCAAAGCGAGCUGCGCAAGACGCCGAGGCCAGGAAAAAGUUCCUGCAGCAGGACAUGGCUUCGCGUAUCCGAGCAAAAGAGGCCGAGCUGGCCAAGAAGCAGACAGCACCGGAGCCCGAG